AUGCUCAGUACACGUAAUCUCAGGCUAAUAGUUGCUGUUUUGGCAAUUUUCGGUAUUGUUGCAUUCUUUGCAACUUCGCAAAACUCACUUCGGGAUACAAUACAACGAGGCACUAAACAGCCAGUUAACGGUGAUUCAACGAUCCCAGAAUCACCGAAAACAAAGGUCCCGCUCGAGGAUGAAGAAGAGAAAAACACCCUUCAAGGGAAACCCCAUUCUGGAACUAAACCACCUUACGAAAAGACCGAUAAGCCAGAGUCCAACAUUGCUGAGAAGCUAGGUGAUAAACCAGCUGCCACUCAAGAAAAUGAGAAAAUAACCACACCACAAGAGGUUGACAUGGGCAAGGAGUGCAAUGAGGUAAACUAUGUUGUCAUGAUUGAUGCAGGAAGUACCGGUUCUCGGGUUCAUGUGUAUGAAUUCAACACGUGUACCCAACCACCUAAAUUAUUGUCCGAGGAGUUCAAAAUGCUCGACCCUGGAUUGAGUUCUUUCGAUACUGAUACUGUGGGUGCGGCCAAGUCAUUGGACCCAUUAUUGCAAGUUGCGUUAGAGAAAGUGCCAAAGGAGAAGCAAAGUUGUACACCAGUUGCCGUGAAAGCAACAGCUGGGUUGAGAUUGCUCGGAGAAGCCAAGUCAGACGCUAUUUUGAAAGAGGUUAGGAAACAUUUGGAAGAAGAUUAUCCGUUUGCCGUUGUACCUGGAAAUGGAAUUUCCAUUUUAGAUGGAAAGGACGAAGGUGUUUAUGCUUGGGUCACGGCAAACUUUUUGUUAGGCAACAUUGGAAACAAAGACAAGUUACCCACUGCAGCAGUUUUUGACUUGGGCGGUGGCUCGACUCAAAUUGUUUUUGAACCGGAUUAUAAAGACCAGGUUCCAGUUGAAGGAGAAACACACCACAAGUUCACUUUCGGCGACCACGACUUUACCUUAUACCAAUUCAGUCACUUGGGAUACGGUUUGAUGCAAGGAAGAAACAAGAUCAACAAGUUGGUUUUGCAAAAUUACUUAAAGAAUGCCCAAUUGACUAAAUAUGCAAACAAGAAGGAUGCCAAAGAGGCUACUGCAGAGGUAGAUGUUACAAACCCUUGUAUUCCUCCUAAUUCCGUGGCAAAGAAUGUCCAGGUUGAGGUAUCCGAUAACGAAUUUUAUGUUGUCAAUAUGAAGGGUCCAUCCAAGGCCACAGGAUCACAAUGUCGUUUUCUCGCAGAGCAAGUGCUCAAUAAAGAUUCCACCUGUGAGGUGAAGCCAUGUUCAUUCAAUGGUAUCCAUCAACCAUCAUUGACGCAUGCAUUCAACAAAAACUCAGACAUGUUUGUCUUUUCAUUCUUUUACGACAGAACCAAUCCAAUUGGUAUGCCAUCCAGCUUCACCGUUGAAGAGUUGAGAGAUUUGACAAAGUCUGUUUGCGAAGGUGAAACAUUAUGGCGUGAUGUCUUCUUUGAUGACCAUGUAACCAACUUAAACAAGGAGCCUCAAUGGUGUUUGGAUCUCAGUUUUAUCACUGCCAUGUUGCACACUGGUUAUGACAUUCCAUUAAACAGGGAACUCAAGACAGCUAAAAAGAUAGACAAUAACGAAUUGGGUUGGUGUUUGGGUGCUUCUUUGCCCUUGUUAGACAAAUCAAGUGGGUUAUGGCAAUGCAGAUCGUAA